AUCAUGUGCAAAAUGAGGAGAACUACGCCCAAGCUUUGGAUAAAUUCGGGAGCAACUUCAUCAGCCGAGAUAACCCCGACUUGGGAACGGCUUUUGUCAAGUUCUCCUCCCUCACUAAGGAGCUGUCCGCCCUUUUGAAGAACCUGCUCCAGAGCCUCAGUCACAAUGUGAUCUUCACUCUCGACUCGCUGCUGAAAGGCGAUUUAAAAGGCGUGAAAGGGGACAUAAAGAAGCCCUUUGACAAAGCAUGGAAAGACUACGAAGCCAAGUUUACAAAAAUAGAGAAGGAGAAACGGGAGCACGCCAAGCAGCACGGGAUGAUCCGCACCGAGAUCACCGGGGCCGAGAUCGCCGAGGAGAUGGAGAAGGAGCGCCGUCUGUUCCAGCUCCAGAUGUGCGAG